UUAGAAAGAACAAGAAGAAGAAAAGGUUCAAGUCUUGCGUCUUCUGCAAUGACGUCAAAAAUGUUCAACGAGUUAAUAAGGAACAACGAUUGUGGGCGUCGACGAAAUAUUCCGAUGAUUGAAGGAAUAAUUGCAAUCACUUAAUCAAUUCGUGGGAUUGAAGAAAAGCAUAGUGUCACCCAUGGUAACACGCAUGAGGAAAAACCCGUUAGUUGCUCGGCGUGUGGCGAAAGGCAAUUUUGAUUUGGAAUGUCCUCGAAUGUUAGGAGUCCUAGACGGAAACAAAUGUACACACACUUUUUUAUUGGGAAGAACCUUUUCUUAGAUUUUAGCGAACGAAAUCAGCGUGUUAACCAUGGCGUCGUACGAGAAGCAAUUUUGUCCGGCGAGAGAGGACAACGAGCGACAACGACGUCAAACAAUGCCACACUUCCAAGAUGUCCAGCAGCCAAGUGCUCGUCAGGAGUGGAGGAGCUUGCUUUCGCAGCAGGACAAUUCACAGCUUCCCCACAUCAAGGAAGAAGAGGAAAUUGACAUCAGCAAGUUGCCACUACCUGUUGUGAAGAGUGAAGAGGAGGAAGAACAUCCCGCUCACUUCAAAAAAGAGGACCAUCUCCACAUUGAGGAAGAAGAGCAAAUGGAUGUCAGCAAGUUGCCAGUGAUUGUGGUCUCUGUGAAGUGUGACGAUGAUGAAGAUGAAACACCCCAGUGGUCGCAGAUUAACCACGACAGCACAAGUGGAGGUACACUGCCGAACAAUCCGUUAUCUCCGCUGUCGGACACCGAUGGCAUCGAAGAACCUUUGAGGGAUGACGCAGAUUACGAGGACAAGCAGUUGAAUUGUGGAGAGAAGGAGGCAGCUCCUAAAAAGAAAACUUCUCACACACGUAAAUGUCACACAUCUGAAGAACAUUUCAGCUGCUCAAUUUGCGGAAAACAAUUUGCUCAAAAUCGACCCAUGAUUAGACACAUGAGAACACACACAGGAGAAAAACCUUUUAGUUGCUUAACUUGCGGUAAGGCGUUUUCUCUCAAGGAAUAUAUGAAAUCACACAUGAAAAAACACACAGGUGAAACCCCCUUUUGUUGCACAUUUUGUGGUAAAACAUUUUCUCAAAAGAAAACAUUGCAAUCGCACAUGAGGACGCACACUGGAGAAAAACCCUUCCGUUGCUCAUUGUGUGGUAAAAAAUUUGCUCUCAAGCUAAACAUAGUCAAACACAUGAGGACACACACAGGGGAAAAAUCCUUUCUUUGCUCAACAUGCGGUAAAACCUUCUCGGAACGGCAUCGUCUAGUAUCGCACUUGAGAACGCACACGGGAGAAAAACCAUUCGCUUGCUCAACUUGCGGUAAGACCUUCUCACAAAGGCAUCAUAUGGCGUCACACGUGAAAACACACACAGGAGAAAAACCUUUCAUUUGCUCCGUUUGUAGUACGGCGUUUUCUCGAAAAGUCAAUCUCGAUAUACACAUGAGAACGCACACUGGGGAGAAACCUUUUCGUUGUUUAACUUGUGGUAAAACGUUCUCUGUCAAAGCAACCAUGGUCAAACACAUGAGAACGCACACUGGAGAAAAACCCUUUCAUUGCUCUGAGUGUGGUAAAAGAUUCACUCAAAAGGUAAACAUGGUAAUACACAUGAGAUCUCACACUGGAGUGCAAGAAUUUUGUUGAUCCGCAAAAACAGAGUGG